AUGUGUGCGUUUGUGUGUCAAUGUAUAGGAAAUAUUGAUGAUGGAAGCAAUGCGAAAGUUGCUGCUGAUCAUUACCAUCGAUAUCCGGAAGAUUUGGAUCUGAUGAAAGAUCUUGGAGUUAAUAGCUAUCGAUUCUCGUUGUCAUGGGCUCGGAUUCUUCCAAAGGGAAGAUUUGGAGAUGUGAACAUGAAAGGUAUUGAUCAUUACAACAGAAUGAUCAAUGCUAUUCUCGAAAGGGGAGGAACAAAGAGGAAAGAUUCUUCAGCAGAUAGGUUAGCUGCUGAGAGAGCUCAAGCUUUCUAUAUGACUUGGUUUUUGGACCCGGUUGUGUAUGGAAGAUAUCCGAAAGAAAUGCAGGAAAUUCUUGGAGAAGAUCUCCCUGAAUUCUCAAAAGAUGAUCUCAAAAGCUUCAAGACUGGAUUAGACUACAUUGGGAUUAAUCAGUACACAGGCGGAUACGCGAAAGACUGUCUUCAUUCCGAAUGUGAACCGGGCAAAGGAGGUUCUAGAGCUGAAGGAAUGGAGAAGGUGUUGAUGUACGCAACAGAGCGAUACAAAAACAUUCCAUUGUAUGUCACAGAAAACGGUUAUGGUGAGAACAUUACUGGAGUAUUGUUAAACGACAACGAUCACGAUCACCGGAGCAUAAAGUUCAUGCGUGGCUACUUAGAUGCAGUUAAAAGAGCAAUGAGGAGAGGAGCAGAUGUAAGAGGAUAUUUCAUAUGGUCUUUACUAGACAACUUUGAAUGGGUAUACGGUUAUACCUCAAGAUUCGGUCUCUACCAUGUCGAUUUCGAUACUCUAGAGAGAACUCCGAGACUCUCGGCUUCUUGGUACAAGAACUUCAUUUUCAAGAACAGAGCUCAAUCCAAAGAUGCUGAUGCCUGA